AUGUCACUUGCUUUUGAAGCCGCUGCAAGACGACUCGUUAAUAACGUGGAGAUUCUUCGAACAGUGUCAUCUUGUGACAUAUAUGUCCAGUUGAUAUUCUGGGAGAUCCUGCACGAAAUCAUGUGGGCUUCUCGUAUACUCACCAAUCUUCGUCUCACCACUCUUCUAGAUUGCGUGAAUGGUCAGGAGCAGUCAGAAGACACUGCAGGCUCCCGACGACAGUUGGAAGAUUUGGGGAAAGAGAGACAAACAUGCGACAGUAUUCUCGCCGAGCAGCUCGGUCGUCGUGUAGAUACGCCUGGUACGUGCGAGAACAUCCCUUCACAAUCUGUAUCCGCUCGGAUUGUUCUAGGAUGUACUGAGUUCAGCCAAGAUGAUCCGAAGCCAACCGGCUUCCUGAGUCGUCUCGAUGAUUACCCGAUCUGGACUUCGAUAAUCUUGAAGAUGUUGAAAGACCUGGAACAGAAGAUGUCAAAAGGCGAAAAGCUCAUACUUGAUAGGCCAAAGCUCGUGGAAGACCCAAAUGUCAAUUCAUCCCUUCAAGAGAAAGAGAUAGUAGCUUUUGUCCGAGAAGAAGGAUUUCUAAAACACCAGGAACGGCUACAAAGCGCUUGGGACAAACUCGCUAGGUAUAUCAUUGAGACAGAAAGUGGUUUCGGCGGAUCUAGAUUCCCUCCACUACGACUAGAAGACCUCGACAGUACCUCCCUCUCGACCAACCAGCUGUCCGCGGAUCCGAAACCGUCAAAAUCGCUUGAUGUCAAGAGCAAAGAUCUAGCUCAAGCCGCGUUGGCCGCCAUCUUGCCAAGCCUCGACAUGCAGGACUUACUUCAAGAGCUUGAAAAGUCGAAAACGACUUCAAAGUCCUUAUCUGAGAUGUCCAGUGGUACUGGGCAUAAGGGUAAAGAAACCUUGUACAGCGAUGUUGCCGGUGCUUCUUCCACAUCACCAGGACUUGUUCCAUAG